CGCAAACUGUUGUACAGAAGGAUCACCGCCAACUGCAGAUCAUAGGAUCUAUCAGGUAUAAGUGGUCGCGUGCCCUCUCAACGAGCAAAGCUGCUUCCUUGCGUUGCCUCUUGCCUGACUGCUCGAGAGAAUUGCACGAUUUUCCGUCCUUCUGCAUCUACUUACCAUCUGUGUAUUCGCUGCUAUUAUCAGAACUCGCUUAAUAUCAGAUUCAAGAGACACUCGGUCUUCUGCUUGAUUAUUCCCCAGAAGCGCGUUUUGACAGGAUCGCCUCACCAGACAGAUUUCAAUCGACUACCCAAAGCGACAAUCGAAACCCCAUUGCGACUUUCAAAUUCACGAUAGCGACCUCGAGCAUCAGACUCGAUCCCGACACAGCCAUGGAACGACCACUAAGCAUUGAAAAGCAUACCGGCCAUACGCCCCCAGAAGCAGCACCCAUCCAAGAGCAGCCAACCAAUACCUCAUACGAAGGACAAUCACGCCCCGCGUACGACGAGACCGAGAAGUCAAGAUGGGAACGUCUCUGGCCUGUCAUUGCCUGUGGCGCUGGUCUCUUCUCUGACGGAUAUUUGAACGGUGUCAUUGGUUUUGUAUCCACCAUGCUCGGAAAGAUCUAUCCCACCGCCUAUGCAUCAUCACCUGCUCAACGUAACGUCUCUUCAAUAACCUUCGCUGGUACGGUGGUUGGCAUGUUGAUUUUCGGCUACACCUCCGACCACUACUCCCGUAAAUGGAGUCUUUUCGCCAGUACAGUCAUCCUCAUCGCUUUUGCCGCACUUAGUGCAGGUAGCUACGGUGCUGGAGGUAGCAGUUCUGGUCUGUUCGCCGCAUUGACUGCAUGGAGAUUCCUCCUUGGUAUCGGCAUUGGAGGUGAAUACCCAGCAGGCAGUGUUGGCUGUGCCGAAAGUACCGGAGAACUCAAGAGCGGUACUAGGAACAGAUGGUUUAUUCUUUUCACGAACGUGCAGAUCGAUAUUGGGUUUGUCGUGUCUGCUCUGGUGCCAAUGAUUGUGGUCCUUAUUACAGGAGAGAAUCACCUUCGCGCCGCUUGGAGAAUCUGCCUAGGCCUCGGAGUCAUCCCACCCCUCUCACUCCUCUACCUCCGUCUGAAACUCAACGAACCAGAAGCCUACCGCCGCGAAACUAUGGCAAAAGCGAAGACACCUUGGCUCCUCGUCAUCAAGUUCUACUGGUGGCGUCUCACAAUAGUCUCGCUCAUCUGGUUCAUCUAUGACUUUUCUGGCUACAGUUUCUCCCUCUUCAGCAGCACCAUCGUCGAUAACCUGCUAGGAGACAACUCGCCACUGUGGAAAAGUUUCGGCUGGACGACAUUGAUCUAUCUUUUCUAUCUCCCCGGCUGCAUCGGCGGUUCCUUCGUCUCCGACUGGCUAGGUCCCAAAAUGACACUCGGAAUCGGUGUUUUGGCACAAGGAAUCGUCGGUUUCAUCAUGGCUGGAGUUUACAGCUACCUAGCCCACCCUCAGAACGUCGCCGGUUUCGUAAUCGUCUAUGGCGUUUUUCUCGCCUUGGGAGAAUUCGGACCUGGCGACAAUAUCGGCCUCAUCGCAUCCAAAUCCUGCGCCACCGCUGUUCGAGGCCAAUACUACGGUAUCGCUGCCGCUAUUGGAAAGAUUGGCGCUUUCGUUGGUGAUCAAGUGCUGGCUAUCCUGUAUAAUCGCUACAAAGACACCGAUCCCAUCAAAGCGGGCCAAUACCCGUUUUUCGUGAGUUCGGCACUUUGUAUCUUGUCGGCGGGGAUUGCGUUUUUCUUGUUGCCGCAUAUUGGACAGGAUACUAUUGAUGAGGAAGAUGUCAAGUUUAGGGCUUAUUUGGCGGAGAAUGGGUAUGAUGUUAGUCAGAUGGGUGUGCAGAGGGAAAGUGCUGAACAUAUUGUUGGACAGACGGAGGUAGAGGGUGGUAAUGAGGUUACUGAGAAGGUGUCAAAGGCUUGAGGAGCAUGGAGUACAGUAUUGGUCGUGACUGACGAGGUU